GGUUUACAAUUUGCACUGUGUAACUUUUUAAAUUCCGAAUAAAAACAUUUAAAAUCGCGUUUGUCUGGCAACACCCGCAACCGCGGUAUUAAUUAGGUCAUUUUAAGCGCUAUCCAUCUGGUCACGCAGUGAUUUUUGCCGUAACUCACAAAAAAAAGCACGAUUAGCGCGUGCAGCUUGAAAUUACAUAGAUUACAUCGGGUUUUUUGGAAAUGGGCAACGUGGUAGCGGCUUCCUCCGGCGCCAGUGGCAGUGGCGCCUCAAAUUUGGGCCUCGGCCUCCCGGAACCGGCUUCCCUGCCCGCCGAUUCCGGCUCUCCGUCCGGAUCCUCGUCGUCCUCCGCCGGAGGAACGUUCGCCGCCAAGGAUGCGCCCCUGGAGAAUCCCGGGACCGUCGAGGAGCUCCACAAAAAGUGCAAAGAUAUCCAGGCCAUCACCUUCGAGGGCGCCAAGAUCAUGCUGAACAAAGGGCUGAGCAACCACUUCCAGGUGUCGCACACCAUCAACAUGAGCAAUGUGGUCCCCAGUGGCUAUCGCUUCGGGGCGACCUACGUGGGCACCAAGCAAUACAGCCCCACGGAGGCGUUCCCCGUGCUCCUGGGCGACAUCGAUCCAUCGGGCAACCUCAACGCCAAUGUCAUCCACCAGUUCUCCGCGCGUCUGCGCUGCAAGUUCGCCUCGCAGAUCCAGGACUCAAAGAUGGUGGCCACGCAGCUGACGACCGACUAUCGCGGCAGUGAUUACACCGCCUCGCUGACGGUGGCCAACCCCAGCAUAUUCACCAACUCCGGCGUGGUCGUUGGCCAGUAUCUGCAGUCAGUCACUCCAGCCCUCGCCCUGGGCGCCGAACUGGCCUACCAGUUCGGUCCGAAUGUCCCCGGCCGUCAGAUAGCCAUUGUGUCCGCCGUGGGCCGCUACGCGGUCGGCAACUCGGUGUGGUCGGGUACCCUGGGCCAGAGCGGCCUGCACGUGUGCUACUACCAGAAGGCCAGCGACCAGCUGCAGAUCGGUGUCGAGGUGGAGACCAGCCUGCGCAUGCAGGAGUCGGUGGCCACGCUGGCCUACCAGAUCGAUCUGCCCAAGGCGGAUCUGGUCUUCAGAGGCGGAAUCGAUUCCAACUGGCACAUCUCCGGAGUUUUGGAGAAGCGUCUGUCCCCAUUGCCAUUCACGCUAGCCCUGAGCGGACGCAUGAACCACGUGAAGAAUAACUUCAGACUCGGCUGCGGGCUGAUGAUCGGUUAGAACGGAUCAAGCCGGAUCGAGCAGCCAAAUCCCUACUUCAGCCUCAGACCCCAAGCACACACACACACACACAUCCAUUGUAACUUUUUCACAUCAUCCGCUAACAACAACAACAAAAACAACAACAACAACAACAAAGAGAUAUAUAAAUCUGCUAACAAACGUUUUUUAUGAUGAUCUGCCGUUUGUGUGCAUGAAAUGCGGCCAGCAGGGAUCUGGGAUCCUAUGGAAUGGCUUUUAUUCUUUGAUCUAAUGUGUUACCAGUGUGCCACUGUUCGUCGUCCGUUGUCCGUCGCCUGAUUUUCCCCACUGACAGAGUCAUUAACGCGGAGUUCAAAAUACAAGAGAGAAAAAUAUUCCACAAUUAUUAUACAUUAUUUCUUCACUCGACACACAAAACAAAAAACAUACACACAUCCAAAACUACAUGAGCAAACUGUCACUGUACAUUUUAAGUUGCUUCCUAAACGUACGCAUUUAUUUAGAACAACCAGCUAUUUCCUCCACACAACACACAAAACAAUUAAAUAAAUAGAACAACAAGCAGAGACAACAAGUAAUAAAUGCGUAUAAAAUGUAUGUUACAAGCUAUCAAAUUGGUAACAAACUGCUUUAAGUUUAUAAUUUAUAAAUUUACAAUUAGUUCUAAUGACAAAAACUUUGUUAACCCAACUUUAAUUACCUUUGCGGUGCGAAAGCGAUAGGCAGAAUUCAGAGAAAGAGACGGCGCCGAAAUGUUGUGAGGGGAAAGAAAACCAAACAAAUCAAACUCCUUAAAAAAGUUAAAACCCAAACAAUAUGUUAAACAUGUGAAAUAAUUAAUUUACAUUGUAAUUUACCGUUCCCAAACAAGAACCAUAAAAACAACAAAGAAAACCAGAUGAUAAAAAAAAAACAAAAUAGGUUUUAGAAAAAAUAAACAAUUUAAACAAA